AUGGACAAUGAUAACGCGGCAUGGUUCUAUCUCCGAGAGUCUAUCACUAUUUUGCAGACGUUACGUCUACACGAAGAAGCCACGUACCGCGACAUCAACGAUCCGGUCCUGGCGACGUAUGCUCGACACAUGUUUUGGGUUCUCUUCAUCACGGAGAGAGCGUAUGCGCUGCAGAGGCACAGGCCGCUGACACUGCAGAGCACCCUGGGUCUCCCCUUUGUUGACCCUCUAAGCUCAGAUGCCGCGAUUCUUCCCGGGUUCCUUGAUCUCAUCUCCCUUUUCCGGAACUUUGAUACCGACUUUAUCGCAACAUGGAACUCGUCGACGCCAUCCAGAACAUCGUCUUCGGAAGCAACAGACCCGGAACAUCUCUCAAAACUACAGACCGUCCUGAAGUACGCGAUCCCAAGUGUUUCAAACUAUUCCGAGAUGCAGCAAGCCGACCUCUUGAUCUCACGGCAAUGGCUCAAGGUCAUUGUAUGGAAGCUAUGCGUGUCCAAGACGCUCUUAUCUAUCACGGAUAGUGAGGAUAGCAUGUCACUGAGCUACCCUGCCGCCGUAGCCCGCGACGUCGUUCUUAUUUCGCGGCUGCUUCCAACGAAGGCUUUUGAAGCCAACGGUGUCGGCAUACUAGAGAAGGUUUUUGAUGUAGGAUGCUCGCUGGCAGAUCUGAUAUCGCUCGGUCCAGCCACGGGUAAUUGGUCCGCUAUGCAUGUCGGUCCUAUUGAUAUCUUGAUGGAGAUUGUGAGGAUAGUUGGGACCACUCUGGGCGGAAGUUAUAAGCACUUGGAUAUGUUGUAUAGCAAGGCGAAUGAUUGCCUAUUUAUGAAUCUGGACAGAAUGAUAGCUCCAGCUGAAGUACAUCUGGAGGCUAAUGACUUUGAGGAAAGCUUCGAAUAG